AUGGCUAUUACCGCAAGUGUUCACGGCUUUCCGGCCUCCUCUGCUCCACUGCGUAAAGUCAAAACUGUGCAAUUCGGUAUCUUGUCUCCAGAAGAAACCAAAGCAAUGUCCGUUGCAAAAAUUGAACAUUUUGAAUUGAUGGACAAUGACCGACCAAAGCUUGGAGGCCUUUUAGAUCCUCGUCUGGGAACAAUCGAUCGAAACUUUAAAUGUCAGACCUGUGGCGAAAACAUGACUGAUUGUCCUGGCCAUUUUGGCCAUAUUGAGCUUGCUAAACCUGUCUUCCAUCAAGGCUUUUUAAAAAUCAUCAAAAAAGUACUCGAGUGCGUUUGCCACUACUGUGGUAAACUCAAGGUAGAUGAAUCAAACGAAAGAUUUGUUUUAUUCCGACGCAUCAAAAGCCGCAGACGUCGAUUCCACGAAGUCUGGCAACUCUGCAAAACCAAGACGGUUUGCGAAGGCGGCGAGGAGCAGAGUGAAGGCGGCCAACAGAAGCCUAAUGGGCAUCCUCACAAAAAACCUCACGGUGGAUGUGGACAAAAGCAGCCAGUUUAUCGUUCAGCCAUUUUGAAAAUCAUGGCAAACUUCAAGGCCACAAAGGAUGAGGAUGGAAAACACGAGGCUCAAACUAUUGAAAUGACACCCGAAAAGACAUUGACAUUGCUAAGAUCGAUUAGCGAUCAAGAUGCAACUGAUAUGGGAUUGUCUGCUGAUUGGGCUCGUCCAGAAUGGAUGAUUAUCACGACUCUUCCAGUUCCUCCUAUGCCUGUACGUCCAUCCAUCAGUAUGGAUGGCGCUGGUCGUGGUGAAGAUGAUUUAACUCAUAAACUGAUGGAUAUUAUCAAGGCUAAUAUUAGUCUGAAGCGCCACGAAACUGAAGGUGCUCCUGCUCAUAUUGUGAAUGAGUUUGAAAACUUGCUUCAGUUUCAUGUUGCCACGUACAUGAACAAUGAUAUUGCUAACCUUCCUCAGGCUAUGCAAAAGUCGGGACGUCCUCUUAAGUCUAUUGCUGCUCGUCUCAAAGGAAAAGAGGGCCGACUUCGUGGAAAUCUGAUGGGAAAGCGUGUUGAUUUUUCUGCACGUACUGUCAUUACUGGCGAUCCCAAUCUGUCGAUUGACCAAGUUGGUGUUCCACGCUCCAUUGCUCGUAACUUGACUUUUCCCGAAACCGUUACUCCAUAUAAUAUUGACAUUCUGCAACAGAUGGUGCAAAAUGGUCCAAACGAGCAUCCUGGUGCCAAGUAUGUCAUUCGUGAUAACGGUGAGCGAGUGGAUUUGAGAUACAGCAAGCGUGGUGGCGACAUACAUUUACAAUAUGGCUACAAAGUUGAACGACAUCUUCUCGACAACGACUAUAUUAUUUUUAAUCGCCAGCCCUCUUUGCACAAGAUGAGUAUGAUGGGUCAUCGUGUAAAGAUCAUGCCUUACUCGACGUUUCGUUUGAAUCUGUCUGUUACGUCGCCAUAUAAUGCCGAUUUUGAUGGCGAUGAAAUGAACAUGCACGUGCCGCAGUCUCACGAAACCCGUGCAGAGAUUCAAGGGUUGUGUAUGGUUCCUUUACAGAUCGUGUCGCCGCAAAAGAAUGCUCCGGUUAUGGGUAUUGUGCAAGAUACUCUUUGUGGUAUUCGCAAGUUCUCUAAGCGAGAUACUUUUUUGAAGCGUGAUUUGAUGAUGAAUUUACUCAUGUGGGUUCCUGAUUGGGAUGGAAUUAUCCCUACUCCAGCUAUUCUCAAACCUAUUCCUUUGUGGACCGCUAAACAAAUCAUUAGUUUGAUUCUUCCCAAAAUCAAUCUUGUCGGAUUCCAUGCAGCUCACCCUGAUAACGAAAAAACAGACAUCAGUCCUGGUGAUACUAAGGUUUUGAUUGAGGAUGGCGAGCUUCUUAUGGGCAUUCUAUGCAAGCGAACCGUUGGUUCCUCUGCUAAUGGUAUUAUUCAUACAUCCAUGAACGAGCUUGGCCCUGAUGUUACUAUGGGAUUUUUCAACGGUACCCAGCGUGUAAUCAACUAUUGGCUGCUGCAAAAUGGAUUUUCGAUUGGUAUCGGUGAUACCAUUGCCGAUAGGCAGACGAUGGAGACCAUUAAUGACACCAUUGCACAUGCAAAGCGUGAAGUGAACAAGAUCAUUCAAAAGGCUCAAACUGACACGCUCGAAGUGUUGCCCGGCAUGACAAUUCGUCAAUCAUUCGAGUCUCUUGUCAAUCAGGAGCUUAAUCGUGCUCGUGACAAUGCUGGCAAAUCUGCCGAGAAAUCACUUAAAGAGUACAACAAUGUCAAGCAGAUGGUAGUAUCUGGUUCCAAGGGUUCUUUCAUUAAUAUUUCUCAAAUGACAGCUUGUGUUGGACAGCAAAACGUUGAAGGAAAGCGUAUUCCUUUUGGUUUUAAAGAUCGAACGCUUCCUCAUUUUACUCGUGACGAUCACUCGCCAGAAUCCCGUGGAUUUGUGGAAAAUUCGUAUUUGCGAGGAUUGACUCCUCAAGAGUUUUUCUUUCACGCUAUGGGUGGUCGUGAAGGUCUUAUCGAUACUGCCGUCAAAACUGCUGAAACUGGUUAUAUUCAGCGCCGUCUUGUCAAGGCCUUAGAAGAUGUCAUGGCCAAGUAUGAUGGCACUGUGCGUAAUGCGUUAGGUGAUAUUGUUCAGUUUACAUAUGGUGAGGAUGGUAUGGAAGGCGCCAAGGUUGAGAAGCAGACACUACGCAGUAUGAGCAUGUCAAAUGCAGAUUUUGUUCGCAGCUACCGUGUUGAUAUUCUUGACGGUGUGCACAAGCUUAAACCCAAUAAGCUCGAAUACCGUAUUAUUGAUGAUAUGAGCCAGAACCCUGAGGCUCAGGUCAAGUUUGAUGAAGAAUUUGAGCAGCUUGCUGAAGAUAGACUCAUGCUGCGCCAACAGAUUUUCCCAAACACUUCUACUGACAAGUGGGCCUUGCCUGUCAACCUUGAGCGUUUGAUUUGGAAUGCACGCAACACGUUCCAUCUUGAUCGCAAUAAGCCAUCAGAUCUUCACCCCAUGCAUGUGAUUGAUAAAGUCAAGGCUUUGUUGGACAAUUUGGUGGUUGUGCGUGGCAAAGACGAGCUGUCACUAGAAGCACAGUACAACGCAACUCUUUUGUUCCAAAUUCUUUUGCGUUCGACUCUUGCUACUCGACGUGUGAUUGAAGACUAUCAUUUAUCCACUCAAGCAUUCGAUUGGCUUUUGGGUGAAAUUGAUGCUAGAUUUAACCAGGCCAUUGUGCACCCUGGUGAAAUGGUUGGCACUAUUGCUGCACAGUCUAUUGGUGAGCCAGCGACACAAAUGACGCUCAAUACUUUCCAUUAUGCUGGUGUUAGUUCGAAAAAUGUGACGCUCGGUGUGCCGCGUCUUAAGGAAAUUAUCAAUGUGGCAAAAAAUAUUAAAACGCCUCGGCUGGAAAUUUAUUUGGAUCCAGAAUACCGUCGAUCCAUGGAGAUGGCCAAGAAAAUUCACAGCACAAUUGAGCAUACUACACUACGCAAACUGACUGCAUCUACUGAAAUUUGGUAUGAUCCAGAUCCAUUGAAUUCUGUCAACGAACAAGAUCGUGAGAUUAUGGAGAUUUACGCUAUUACGGAUGCUGGUGAGGAUCUUUCCAACGUUUCUCCAUGGGUAUUGCGCAUCCAUCUUAACUUCCAGCGUAAGAUUGACAAGGGGAUGACUAUGGAUGCCAUUUGUGCAGAGCUCAUGCAACCUUUUGGAGGUGACUUGAAAUGCUGGCAUUCCGAUGACAACGCACAAGAGCUUAUUAUUCUUGCGCGUAUUGUCAAUGACGACAAGGGUGAUAUGGAUAUGGACGACCGUCUUGAAGAAGAUGCUUUCCUACGUCGUAUUGAGCACAACAUUCUUAAUGAUAUUACUCUUUGUGGUAUCAAAAACAUCUCAAGAGUGUUUAUUUCAGAAAGCAAGUACACGAGUGUGGAUGAAUCUGGUGUGAUUCGGCCCGAUAACCCCGAGUACUUUUUAGAAACGGAUGGUACAAACUUGAUUCAAGUUUUGGCCCACCACGGAGUAGAUGCUGUUCGCACCUACUCCAACUUUGCUUGUGAGAUCAUGGAUGUGUUGGGUAUUGAAGCCACACGUGCUGCCAUUCUCAAGGAAACUCGUAAAGUUAUCGAGUUUGACGGUUCAUAUGUCAACUACCGACACUUGGCACUGUUGUGUGAUAUUAUGACUCAGCGUGGAAGUAUCAUGGCUAUUUCUCGACAUGGUAUUAACCGUACCGAUGCUGGCGCGCUUGCUCGUGCAUCGUUUGAAGAAACUGUUGAUUUGUUGCUUGAAGCUGCUGGGCUAGGCGAGCUAGAUGAUUGCAAGGGAGUUUCUGAGAAUGUUAUGUUGGGACAAUUGGCACCACUCGGUACCGGUGAAUUUGGCGUGCUGCUGGAUGAAGAUUUGCUACUUCAUGCACCUGUUCGACCAGACUUUAUGAUGCGUGCGCCACAUGCUGCAUUAGAUGGUGGAUUAGGUUCAAUGUCUGGAUUUAUGAGUCCUGCGCAUACACCUUACAUUGAUCGUUCUCCAAGCCCAAUUCCCUUUAGUCCCUCUGGUGGAUAUUCUCCCGUUGGGCAAGUUGCCUUUUCUCCCGUUGGUGCUGGCAAGGGAUGGCUAGGUGUAGCAGGAAACAAGGCUGGAAUGUUUUCUGCUGUUUCUGCAUUUAGUCCAACCAGCCCUUCUUACUCUCCAACUUCGCCAUCUUACAGUCCAAAGAGUCCAGGAUUCAACCAAGCAUCACCCAACUAUUCACCCACAUCCCCGAGUUACUCACCAACAUCCCCGAGUUACUCACCCACAUCACCGAGUUAUUCACCCACAUCCCCGAGUUACUCGCCAACCUCACCAAGUUACUCACCAACAUCCCCGAGUUAUUCACCCACAUCUCCAAGUUAUUCACCCACAUCCCCGAGCUACUCGCCAACCUCACCAAGUUACUCUCCCACAUCUCCGAGUUACUCGCCAACCUCCCCGAGUUACUCACCAACCUCACCAAGUUAUUCACCCACAUCCCCGAGUUACUCGCCAACUUCCCCGAGUUACUCACCAACCUCACCAAGUUACUCGCCAACCUCCCCAAGUUAUUCACCAACAUCCCCGAGUUACUCACCAACCUCCCCGAGUUACUCUCCCACAUCCCCGAGUUAUUCACCCACAUCCCCGAGCUACUCGCCAACCUCACCAAGUUACUCUCCCACAUCUCCGAGUUACUCGCCAACCUCCCCGAGUUACUCACCAACCUCACCAAGUUAUUCACCGACGUCUCCGAGCUAUUCACCUACUAGUCCAAGCUAUUCUCCUAGUUCGCCUAUGGGAGUUUCUUUAGAUCAAAAUACUUCUGCUUCGUCCACCUAUAUUCCUGGUCGUACAUAUUCUCCUUCACACGACUCUUGAUUUGUGAGGUUUUGAUUGCAGUUAUGGGGUGUGUUUUGGUAUUUGGUCCAUGCAAUGUUUUUGCAUCUAUGAUUAGAAGCAGCUUAACAGUUGUCCGACAAAGUUUAGUUGAUUUUGCAAUCUCAAAUACGCCUAAAUAAAUUGAGAAACGUGUUUUACAAGUAU